ACGGGGUUGUUUUGCAGACACAAUCAGCAGACUGAUCCAAGUGCAACAACUAAAGGACCGAGGAGAGCUCCCCGCUUGAAUCCCAUCUGACAGCAAGAAAGGCUCUGGUCAGCCUGAAGUGAAGGGUCACUGAGCUCAGACACUCUUCUUCCACUGACUCACAAAUUACACACUCACGGGGGGGGGAGUCACACACUGACACAUCAGUGCAACGACGCAGACACUCAGUUUACACACUUGGGCAAACACACAUACCCUCAUCCUUGCACAUAGACAUCCAAACACAGGCCCCUUGAGCAGGAUGAGGGAACCUUGGAGGUACCUGCUGGGCCUGUGCCUCCUGGCAUGCUCAACCUUCACCCACAGUGCCGCUAAUCCCUUCGCAGGACAGCAGACUCCUCCAGACCCCUGCUAUGAUGACACCGGUGCAGCACGCCGGUGUAUCCCUGAGUUUAUCAAUGCUGCCUUCGGCAAGGAGGUGAUGGUUUCCAGCGUGUGUGGCCGACCUCCCUCCCGUUCCUGUAGCGUGGUGGAGCGGGGCGACGAGCGGCCUUCUGUACGCACGUGCCAAAUCUGUGAUGCAGCCGACCCUCGCCGUGCCCACCCGGCUUCCUACCUCACUGACCUCAACUCGGCCCACAACCUCACCUGCUGGCAGUCGGAGAAUCUGAACACCUCGCCGUACAAUGUGACUCUCACCCUUUCGCUGGGUAAAAAAUUUGAGAUUACCUACGUCAGCCUGCAGUUUUGUUCACCACGACCCGAGUCCCUGGCCAUAUACAAAAGCAUGGACUAUGGCAAAAGCUGGAUGCCCUACCAGUUCUACUCCUCGCAGUGCCGCCGCAUGUACAACCGACCCAACAAAGCAACCAUCACCAAGCAGAAUGAGCAGGAAGCUCUUUGCACAGAUGGUCACACUGACCUUUAUCCGCUGUCUGGAGGGCUUAUAGCUUUCAGCACUCUGGAUGGACGGCCUUCUGGUAAAGAUUUUGACAAUAGCCCAGUUCUUCAGGACUGGGUCACCGUCACUGAUAUCCGUGUGGUCUUUAGCCGGCCGCAGAUGCCCCGGGAGUUGGUACUAGGGGCCGGAGGCAACACUGGAGGGAGGGAUGAUGACCCCAUGGCAGUGACGUCAACACUCCCAACUUAUUUCUAUGCAGUGGGAGACUUCCAGGUGGGCGGGAGGUGUAAGUGCAACGGCCAUGCCUCACGCUGUCUGAAAGACAAGGAAGGUAAACUGGUGUGUGACUGCAAACACAACACGGAGGGACCUGAAUGUGACCGCUGCAAGCCCUUUCACUAUGACCGACCUUGGCAGAGGGCCAAUGCUCGCGAGGCCAAUGAAUGUCUGCCGUGCAACUGCAACCUCCAUGCCCGCCGGUGUCGAUUCAACAUGGAGUUGUACAAGUUGUCAGGGAGGAAAAGUGGCGGGGUGUGCAUGAAUUGCCGCCAUAAUACCGCAGGACGCCACUGCCACUACUGCAAGGAGGGCUUCUACAGGGACAUGGCCAGACCAAUCACCCACAGGCGAGCCUGCAAAGCUUGUGACUGCCACCCUGUGGGCGCAGCAGGCAAGACAUGCAACCAGACCACAGGCCAGUGCCCCUGCAAGGACGGUGUCACGGGCAUCACCUGCAACCGCUGCGCCAAGGGCUACCAGCAGAGCCGCUCGCCUGUGGCCCCCUGCAUCAAAAUCCCUGUGGUCAACCCCACAGCUGUCGUGAGCAGCACAGAGGAACCAGCAGAUUGUGAGUCCUACUGUAAACCAGUGAAAGGCAACUUGAAGAUCAACAUGAAGAAAUACUGCAAGAAGGAUUAUGCUGUCCAAGUGAACGUGCUGGACAUGGAGACAGUGGGUGACUGGGCCAAGUUCUCCAUUAGCGUGGUGGCUGUGUACAAGAGCCGGGGCGAACCCUUAAAGCGAGGUGACAACAUCUUGUGGGUACACAUGAAGGACCUUGCCUGCAAGUGUCCCAAAAUCCAGAUGAGCAAACGAUUUUUGGUGAUGGGUGGCGCCGAAGGUGGAACGGGCCCAGGAGCAGGUCCAGGAGUCGGGCCCGGAGGUGGAGCCAGCAGUCCGGGGGCGGAGCGCAUAGGCUUGGUGGCUGAUAAGAACAGUCUGGUGAUCCAGUGGAGAGACGUUUGGACGAGACGUCUGAGGAAGUUCCAGCGCAAGGAGAAGAAGGGGAAGUGUAGCAAAGCAUGAUUGGGAGAAGCAGCGUCCAUCCCUACCUCUCCCUCCACAGCACUCAAUCACAAAUCCUGACUCUUGACUUCUCUUAUCCCCGGCCACUCGAGUCCUUUCUUCUCCUCCAUUGUGGGAACGCUGCACAUUACAAAGACUGCAUGUACCCUGCCUGUUUUAAGGACCACGUUUUGUGUAUAUUGUAUAAUUAUUUUCAUUUUUAUUUUUCAAGUUUUUUUCAUUGUAAGGCCACUUGUCUAUUUGUCCGAUUGGUUUGCCUUAAAAAGGGACCAUUAAAAAGGGUGUGAAGUGUAGACAAAAGCAGGCGCCAUUUCCCCCUCUCGACGACGGCAACUGAACUGUCCAACCCCCUGCUAAAAAAUACAACCCCCUGACCUCCACCUGUCAAAACUGCCUGUCAUUUUAAGGUAUUUCCAUGCAAGACUACCAAUGCUCACCCCUAACUGUUCUCUGAGGAUUUUAUUAUAGAGUGUAUAUCACUUCACAGACUGAUAUCAGCAACAAGACAAGCUACAGAUCUCCAGCUUGGCCACCUCACACUGAUGACCUUCAGUAUUUUCCUGUCAAAACGGGCUUACUUUCUCAAGGUCUUUGCAGUAUCUUCUUUGGACUAUAGGACUCCUAUGUCCUACGAGGAACCAAGGGCUCCCUUUGCAGGGACAUUUUCCACAGCAAACCUCAGUCACACCACCACUGCUGCUGCCGCCACCACCACCACACAGCCCUCACAGAAUAAACUGCUCAUGUAGGCUCUUAUAUGUUCAAGUACGCAAUGCCACUGCUCAUACUAGAGUUUGUAUAUCUUGUGUGGCUACUUUGCUAUCUCAGUCAUCCACAUCCUUAUUUGAGAUGUAUCCCUUUGUUGCAUUGGGCACGAGUGAGUCACAUCGCAGGCCUCUUCACCACUAGUCCCUCUCAUGAGUGGUUUAUAAAGUCACCAUCAUGACUCAUGGCCUGUCACUUUGUGGAAGAUGAAGCGGUGCGGACUGAAUUUCAGAACAAUACCAACUUUUCCAUUGAGACUUUUGCGCUUCGUGGAUAUUCUCUUUGCUGGGUACAGCUCUUCCAGACAUUGCUGUGUGGCCAGUGUCACUUAUGUCUUUAAAAAUGGCCGAACAUUUCAUUGCAUUGACUGAUGAAGACUGGCAGGCUUUUGUUUGCCACAACAAGAGAUUGAAACAAGAGUUCCUUUUUCAUGCAGUAAAAACACAAAAACAAGUCGGAUAAAAGAAAAGACGUAGCUGUGUUGUUGGGUUUUUUCAUUUUUGUUUUUCAUUCCUUUCUUAGUAUUUCGACAAAAUGAAUGAGCCUGGAACAUUUUUAGUGCUCACUGAUUGUAUUAUGACAUGAGAGGAUCAUAUUUCAGUCCUCAUGUGCUUUGUUAAGUUUGCAUGUUUGUGGGGGUUUUUUCUUUUUCUUUUUUUUUUUUCUGCUGGUCCAUCAAAUCCUUACAGGGAGCAGAGAGAGGUAAACCAAUAUGAGCAUGAAGAUCCAAAGGAAAACUUCCCAGGUCAUCUUCCACCACUUGCCCACCCCAAAUGCAUAACCCUGUCAUGCCUUGCCAAAUAAGAGUAGUCAGUUUUUAAAUUCAAUUAAGAGACUAUGAAAGUCAGGACCAACGAAUUAACCGCAGAGAGACCCAUCUGGUUGCUCUCAAGCUUUUUAUCUGCCUUUUGCAGUUAUUUCAUUUUGUAAAGGACUUUACAAUUUAUUUAAAUAGAGUACAAUAUAAACACACAGUUUAGUUGAGGGGCACAUCAAGCUCACAUAGCAGUGAGUGUUCCUACAGGCAUCUCAUGCUAGCUUGUGGUUACGCUCCUUUGGCUUUGGCGGCAUGUUUGGUUUGUCAUUCCUCCAAAAGUGUCUCUCCUCUGCUCUCGUCUGUGUGUCAGCCACAAACUCCCUCCCUCCACCCCUUUCCCCCAACCCCCCCGAAUUCUCCUUUUAACCCAUUUUGCAUGUUGUGUAUUUAGUGUUUUAGAUAAGUGAAAGCACAGAAAGAGGCUUCCAGACUCCUCUGUGGUGUAUAGUACUGCACUGUAGUUCUUGUUUUCUGAGAAUGUAAAUCAAUCUGCAAAGAAAAGACACACAGCUAAAUGGUCUGAUUGUGUUUAUAAAGUGUUAUUAGAACUGAGGACGUCUGAUGGCAUGAUAUUUGAUGCUGUUAUGAACUCUGAACAUGACUAGAUGUUGUU